CUCCAGGUCUUUAUUGUGCGGCAAGAACGCUCCUGGACCACGCUUAAUGUUUCUAAAAGGCUAUUCAAGGAUUUAAUGGAAGCCUUGGCAAUAUUUUCUGCAUUCUGGGAAUGCAUGUUCACAUUCGGGACGAAAGACGAGGAACAUGAAUGCGUGUUCCCUGGGUUUAGCUUACGCAGUUCUUCGUCCAUGCCAGGAAAGGAUACCCUCGCUAGCUAUGUCUUGAGACGCGCUGAGCUUAACCAUAGGAAGUUGGAAGAAGGCCAAAUCCCUUGGUCAAUCCGACAAACCGCAGUGUACCAUCGACUUGAUCGUCAGUCGGGCACUCUUCCUCUCUUUUCGUUCCCAUCCAACGAGCAACGCUCAUCAUUCGUUCUCAUUUCUCCUUCCAAACGUGUGGAUGAGAGGGUCGGUCAGCUGCUAAAGCAAGCGCAGUCUGAUAGGCGCGCCCGUACCCCCGGAGUUUGGCACAGCCUACUGGUUUCGGACAGCAUUAAGGGCUGGCAGGGAUAUAUUGCUUGGCUGGAAGAAGAUGUCAAGGCGCGUUCCGACCAGAUAACAUUUGCCCCAGUCGGAUACCCGAAAGGAGAUGGUUUCAGAUUCAGUGUUGAAGAUCGUCAGGCUCUCAAAGUUGUCGAAGACUCUAUCAUCGACCUUCAGAUCAUACUCUCUACACUUAUGGAAAAUAUUCUUGGCAUCCGUAGUUAUUGCAGGAGAUGCUGUGGUAUUUACUGUGGCAAAGAAAGUGGAAACGACUGUGGUUGUAAGUCUGUGGCUGAUGAGUUUGAUCAGUAUGCCUCGGAGGUUUCUUUGUUCUUGACCCGGGCAAGCAUAUUAAGGAGCCGUGUUAUAUCCAUCCAGAACCUGGUACUUCGCCUCAUCCCACGACUUUCAGACCUUCUGCGCUACGAAGACCAAAGGGCUUUGAAGGACUUGACACUACAAUCACAAGAAGAAGCUUGCACGAUGCGGUCGUUAACUGAGAAAACCACCGAGGAUGCAGCUGCUGUGAAGGUCUUAACAAUCAUCGGAGUGAUAUUCCUACCUACUACAUUCGUAGCAAACAUAUUCUCCACUGAGUUUGUGAGGACUGAUGACAACGGCCACGUUGUCGCAAGCGCCAAUAGUUGGUUGCUUGCAGCAAUCGCACUGCCAUUGACGUUUCUCACUGUCGUCACAUGGUGGCUCUGCGUGCGCUACCACCACAUUUCAGCCUUGCAAAGGUCACUGAGGUACUUUUUUGCUCGGCUUUGGGGCUGGAUAAAGUGGAUGCGAUGGUGGAACAAAACUCGAGUUCCUGACAUCGAAAAUCGGGAGUGCCAAACCAAAACGGGUACCACCGUCAGCAUGCGGACAUUGUCGAGGAAAUCCACUGCCCCAGAAGCAAAGUGA